AUGCCGUUCAGCGGCGCAUUUUUGGUGUCAGUGGCGACGGUUUCCGCGGAGAUUUGGCAACGCGUGGCGUGCCUGCCGGAGCAUAUCCCCGGCGAGCAGCUAUUGGAUCUGGUCCUCUGUUUCCCCGCCCGAGAGCUGGGCCGUAUGGCUAUGCACCUCUGGGAUUUCCUCUGCUUCUCGCCGACGCCGUACUACGGUAAUACUUAUUAUUACGCUUACACCUCUUCCGACGACGACGAUGGCGACUACGGGCGCCCUUACGCCGGCCUAGAGUACUACGACGACUCCGACUCCGACUCGUCGAGCUCCGGUUGA